AUGUCAACCUUAACAAUUGCUUGUAAAGCUGCUGCUUUACCAUAUUCUACUAUUCUUGCUUCACAAUUGGUAAAUGAAUCAUCUUCAGAAGAAUCUAUUAAUUUAGAAUUCAUCGAUGAAAAAGAUGUCGAAGGUGAAUCAAUCAAAUUAUCAAAUGACGGAAAGAUUUUAUUAGGUCAAUUAUCAAUCCUUAAUGGUUUAAGUGAUAAAUUCCCAUUAGUCUUCGGAUCUUCUGAAGAUCAAAAAUGGAUUGAACAAUCAUUAACUAAAUUGACUGUCAAAAACUUCAAAGAAUUAUCUGUUGACUUAGAAAAAUUGGAUCAUGAUUUAAAUUUCAAAUCCUUCAUCAAUGGAUACAAAUUAUCCUUGAGUGAUGUCGUUGUUUGGGGUGUCCUCAGAGCUAACGCUUUAAUGGGAUCUAUCAUCAAAAACGAGGUUUAUCCUAACAUUUCUAGAUGGUACAAUUUCAUCGGUACUACCAAUAGUUUCGAAUCAACCAUCGAUAAAGUUACCAAAUCAAUCGUUGAAUUAAGAAAAUCUGCUACUAAAGCUAAAGGAGGUAAAAAAGAAGGUCACAAGGCUAACUUCGAAAUUGAUUUACCUGAUGCAGAAGUCGGUAAAGUCGUUACUAGAUUCCCUCCUGAACCUUCUGGUUAUUUACAUAUUGGACAUGCCAAAGCUGCUAUCUUGAAUGAAUAUUUUGCUCAUGCUUACAAGGGUAAAUUAAUUAUCAGAUUUGAUGAUACUAAUCCUACCAAAGAAAAAGUUGAAUUCCAAGAUUCUAUUUUAGAAGAUUUAGAAUUAUUAGGAAUCAAAGGUGAUCAAGUUACCUAUUCAUCUGAUUAUUUCGAUCAAAUGUAUGACUUAGCUAUCAAAUUAAUCAAACAAGGGGAUGCCUAUUGUGACGACACCCCAUUGGAAAAGAUGAGAGAAGAGAGAAUGGUAGGUGAUGCUAGUGCCAGAAGAGAUAGAACCGUUGAAGAAAAUUUAAAAAUUUUCACUGAAGAAAUGAAAAAUGGUACAGAAGAAGGUCUCAAGAAUUGUCUUAGAGCCAAAAUCGAUUACAAAGCUUUAAAUAAAGCUUUGAGAGAUCCAGUCAUUUAUAGAUGUAACUUGACUCCUCAUCAUAGAACUGGUUCUGCUUGGAAGAUGUACCCAACUUACGAUUUCUGUGUCCCAGUUGUUGAUGCUUUAGAAGGUGUUACUCAUUCUUUGAGAACUAUCGAAUAUAGAGAUAGAAACCCUCAAUAUGAUUGGUUUUUAAGCACUUUGAAAUUAAGAAAAGUUCAUAUCUGGGAUUUCGGUAGAGUCAAUUUUGUCAGAACUUUGUUGUCCAAGAGAAAGUUACAAUGGUUCGUUGAUAAACAGUACGUUGGAAAUUGGGAUGAUCCAAGAUUCCCAACUAUUAGAGGUGUAAGAAGAAGAGGUAUGACUGUCGAAGGUUUAAGAAACUUCGUCAUGGCUCAAGGUCCUUCCAAAAAUAUCAUUAAUUUAGAUUGGUCAGUUAUUUGGGCUUUGAAUAAGAAAAUCAUUGACCCAGUUUGUCCAAGAUUUACUGCUAUUGAUGAAAAGAACUCCGUUUUAGUUAAAUUGUCUGAUGGUCCAUCAACUGUUGAAACUCAGAAGAAACCAAAACAUAAAAAGAACGCUGAAGUUGGUGAAAAAUCAGUGCUCUUCUAUAAAGAAGUUUUGAUCGAACAAGAAGAUGCCAAAACUUUAGCUGAAAACGAGGAAGUCACUUUUAUGGACUGGGGUAAUGUUAUUAUCAAAUCCAUCACCAAAGAAAAUGAUGUUGUAAAAUCUAUUGAAGCAGAUUUGCACUUGGAAGGUGAUUUCCGUAAAACUUCUAAAAAAUUAACUUGGUUAGCCAACACUGAUGAUAAAGUUGAGGUCGAUUUAGUUGAUUUCGAUCAUUUAAUCACCAAAGAUAAAUUAGAAGAAGGUGAUAACUUCGAAGAUUUCCUUACUCCUGAAACUGAAUUCCAUUCAUCUGCUUUCGCUGAUUUAAACGUCAAAGAUUUAAAGAAGGAUGAAAUCAUUCAAUUCGAAAGAAAGGGUUACUACAAGGUUGAUGUCCCUUACUCAAAAGGUACUAAGCCAGUAUUGUUUACUAUCCCUGAUGGUAAAACUGCUCCUAAAAAAUAG